AGACGUGCAUGUAAUAAAAAAAUAAAAUGCUGAAAGCUAAUUUAAGUUGAGACAAAGCCAAAUAGCAGCUGCCAGUAACAGUUGUUGUCCAAGCUUCCAGCUAAAACGACGUGCUCUGCAGUUACAGUUACAGUUCAAGUUAAAACAAAUACAAAUCCACCCACCCACCCACACAGCAAUAGGCAUAGCAAGUUUAGUAGUUGUGGGUGCAGUGUUUGUUAUCCUCGGCCUCUCUGACAGACCAGAAGCGCAAAUAUGUCCUGCAAUGAGCGAACCGCGCUGCUGGCAACACAAACGCAACAAGGACAGCUUAAUCCACAGCAGCGGGAGCAGCAGCAGCAGCAGCACAUCAUUGCAAUGCCGACAGGCAAGGCUGCAAAGGAUUAUGAACCCAUUUACACAACUGCUGACCACUCGUACGGCCUCACGCUGGAGGAGCUGCUGCCAUUUAGCUUGGAUCCUUGGUGGCAGACGACGCGGCGCCUAUGCGUCGGCUGCCUCUGGCUGACAUUUGUGCUGACCUUGCUGGCUUCCAUGGCGCUGGCUUACACUCAUGCAGCCUCCCCUAGUUGUAGCCCUAAUACUAUUGUGCCUACCACGCUAAAGCCACUGCCAACUUCGCUGGCUCUGACCGCCAACGCCACCACACUGCUGCUGGCCAGCUAGAACCGAAAUAAAAAAUAAACCAACAUAUAUACCCCAAGCGACUGCUGCAAUUUCACACUGCGGAUUACAUCAGCCGGCUGACUGAGGAUUUUGUCUUCUGGUUUAAUCGUAUGCGGCUUUUUUGUAUUUUGCUGUGCGAUAAGCUUUGAGUACGAGGAGCUGAAUUGAUUGUUUGUCUUUAUUAUUUGUUUACAAGCUGUUGUUCUAUUAUAUAGAGCAAUUUGCUUUUAUUUACUUUGUAUGGUAUACAAUGGGCUCUCGCUAAUAAUUUUUUCACAAUUUAACUGCGACUCUAGCAGCUUUAAAGUCACUUACAUUUGCUUAAUUUAACUGUGGUUAGCUUGUCGUUAAAUAGAAAAUUAAUAAAGAAG